AUGAGGUGGAACAGUAAAAGAUGUCAUAAGUCCGAACUGGAAAGGGCACUUGAACUGACUGGAGCUAUGAAAGCUUCCGAGAUGAUAAUGCUAGCAGACGAACUAGAUGAUGAGUACUGUAUAGGAGAACCCCAGUUUGGUGAGAUUGCACCAGGCAUCACAGAGGAAACGACAGAACUGCCGGCCGACACAAAAGAAACCCCCGGUAACACAUUUACCUUCGAUGAUCGGCGAAGUUCCGAACUCAUCGACACUGGACGCGAUAGUAAUGGUAACAUCAUUCUGCGUGAUUAUCAAAGGGAAAUAGCAGAAGACGGUCUAAGGGGAGAUAAUUCUAUCAUUUGGGCUGGAACAGGAUCGGGAAAGACCAGAGUGGCCGUGUAUAUAAUGAAGGGCCAUUUGGACAACAACCCGAACGGGAAGAUUGCUUUUUUCACCACGACGUUGACGCUACUGGACCAACAGUACGGAGUGAUAUGUAAACUUCUACCCGAGUACAAGAACCACGUUAUCAAGUUAAGCGGAGGGAAUCAAGCGAAUGAGAACUUUUCUGAGAUUGUCAAUAAUUGUCGAGUUUGUGUCAUCACUCCGAUGUCCCUUGAUAACUACCUGAGAGAUGACGCCUUGUCCCUGGGUGUAUUUUCAAUGCUUGUGCUGGACGAGUGUCAUCACACACGAAAAAAUGAACCUUACAACCAGAUAAUGGCACGUUAUCGAAAAUUAUACAUAGAUGGCGGCAAAUCCCCACAGAUUAUUGGACUGACAGCGUCUGUUGGGACUGAGCGGGCGCGAAAUGUGAAGGAUGCAGAGAAAAGUAUCAUCGAACUUAUGGCGCGAAUGAAUGUAACCAAGAUCGCUACUCCAAAGGUCCACGUAGAGGAAUACAAAACAUAUGUUCCGGAUCCUAUUAAACAUACUGAGGAGAUGAAAGACCGGGGUGAUGACAAAAUAGGAUUUACCAUACAGCGUGCUAUGGAACAGCUUGAAAGAUGGCUCCUCGGCAAAUUGUUUGAUCUGGACACCGGGGCUGUACACGCGCUGUUGAAGGAAAUGCCUGAUACAAAGAGGAUGAAGCAGCAAUACCAAACAUGGUUGUCACGCCUACAGAUGGCGCUCCCUCUCAGUAAAGAACUACCCCGUGACCUGAUACACCGGGCCAUUGUAAUUACAGAUCAUUUGACUAUGUACCAGGACGCCCUCAGUUGUAACUACAUUCUCUGUAUGAGGGAUGUUCUGACGCAACUAAACCUCUCGUCAUUGAAGUACCAAAUUUGUGACGGAGGUGAACACAAUGAUGUAGUCCUAUGUAGCGCAAGUGACAUCAAUCCAAAAGAAGUCAGUGCGGAAAAGGACAAUAGAGAUGUAACGAUUGUCAGUUUGUACAAAGGUAUGAUGGCGCCACAACGCCUAGUUUAA